AGAGAGAGAGAGAGAGAGAAUCUUCCCCAGUUUAUUCCUCCUUUUCGCAAAAGAAGGGUUAGGGUUUCUAUUUACAUCUCUGAAACUUCUUCUUUUGCAUCAAUUUCUGAUUUGGAUUUGUAUUUCAUCGGCAAUCGGUUUAUGAGUUAAAGGUUUGAUUUUUCUGUGGCAGUAGUUUCAGGAGCAAUGACGAAGAGUUACUUCAAGCAAGAACAUGACUUUGAGAAGAGGCGUGCUGAGGCUGCUAGAAUUAGGGAGAAAUAUCCAGACAGAAUUCCGGUGAUCGUGGAAAAAGCUGAGAGAAGUGAUAUUCCAAACAUCGAUAAGAAAAAAAGAAACUGCAGGUACUUAGUCCCAGCUGACUUGACAGUGGGACAGUUUGUCUAUGUAAUCCGUAAAAGAAUCAAAUUGAGUGCAGAAAAGGCAAUCUUCAUUUUUGUGGACAAUGUCCUCCCUCCAACCGGGGCAAUAAUGUCUGCCAUAUAUGAUGAGAAGAAGGAUGAAGAUGGAUUCCUUUAUGUCACCUACAGCGGGGAGAACACAUUUGGUCACCAGAUGCUACUAUAGAGCGAGGCUGAUGGGGUCAGAGACUACUCUGAUUUUCAUCUCUAGCUUAUCUUCUUUUCUUGCUUUUGUGUUAAUAAUUCCAUUUUCAAUUCCCAAAAUGUAGAGACCUCUACACUGAUCAGAUGUACAGUCAUAUUAUGUACAUAGCUUCGUGAGGUUGGCAAACAUUAGAAUGUCUGGUUUAUCCUCAUAACUUUUCCUUCCGUUUCUUA